ACGAGUGACGCGACGAGCGCAGCAACCACAACUUUAACCGUAGUUACUGAUAAGUCACUUAACGUUAGUGAACACAAAUGGAUGGGUGCCGUGUACCGCGCAGACAUUCAGGAAAACGCGGUUUUAAUAUAGAAAGGCAAAUUUGCAGGCAGUUCAUAAACGGCUCCUGCAGGUAUGGUCAGCACUGUUAUUAUCUGCAUGAAUGGCCCACAGUGCCCUCAGUUCAGGUGUGCAGGUACUUCCAGAAAGGAGGUUGCUGGUUUGGUGAUAACUGCAGGUAUCUUCAUGUUCCUUGUACAGCUAGUGAGACGUCAGGCGGUAGGCGAGGUUCAGCACCUGUAGUCCACUCCUCUGCCUUGGCUGGCCACACUUUGGCUGAGCGUAGGGGGUCUGAGCCCUCCCUUUUUGCAGAGCAGCAUGCACACAGCUCAAGACGGAGAGGGUCUGAGCCUCUGGUUACAAGUUUUAUAAGCCUACAGCAGAAUUUGCAACAUCCAGCUGCAGGUAUCGCAGAGGAGGAAGAGGAUGCAGUUGCUGAAGCAGGGCUUGUACCUCACCAGCAGGAUGAGGGACGGCAGCUACAAAGUACUUGCGCUAGUCCCAGUCAUUCGAACAGCAUUGUAUCUGCUGGCUCCAUGUCUCAUGCAGCUUCUGCUGAAGCUCAGGAAAAAAUGGUGUCUCGAAGUGACAAACAGGAAGCCAGUCUGCAGGAUGGACUGGAGAGUGGUGCUACAGCUUCAGCCGAGCAGGACCGAACAGAUGCCUACAAUCAAAGCAAAGAUGUGUUCUGUGGCAUCUGCAUGGACAAAGUUUACGAGAAAGCCACAGAGAGAGAAAGGCGCUUUGGCAUCCUGCCCAACUGCAGCCAUGCUUUCUGCCUUGGUUGCAUCAUGACGUGGCGAAAGACCAAAGAGUUUCAGGAAGAUGUCAUCAAGGCCUGUCCACAGUGCAGAGUGAAGUCCUCAUUUUACAUUCCCAGCAAAUAUUGGGUGUGUGAGGAUGAGCCAAAGGCAGCACUGAUCUCUUCGUUUAAAGAGAAGAGCAGCAAAAUAAAGUGCAAUUUCUUCAUGCGUCAUGGAUGCUGCCCCUUUGCAUCGGAGUGCAUUUUCAGCCAUGACCUGCCACCUGGGCACAGACCUCAACGUAGGCCCUUCAGACCAAAGAGUGCUGCAGAGUUGUUGGAUCAACGACUUUUGAGCUACUUCAUUGCCCUGACACUCUUGGAUGAUGAGGACUUUGAUUUUCUUGAUGAAAUUGAAGUCUUUUGAGCCAUGUGAUCAUCUUGGCUUUCAAGAGCUCAUGCAGUCUUGGAUCCUAGGUCUUGGAAAAGGUUAUAAUAUCUAAAGUAAUAAGUUAAUGUAUCAUUAAGUGAAGUCGGUGAGAUCUGAGGUGCAUGUGCCUUCUGCCUUAGAUGACUCUGGUCAAACUGCUACCCUGGAUGCUGUUGAGCCAUUCUAAGUUGGUUAAUUUUCUGCCUCUGUUUGGCUAACUUUUAGCCAUGUUAGAUUUACUGGGAUUUUGGUAAAUGGAGGAAAGACUGUUAAACUUCAAAAGGCUUCAGUUCUGUCUUUGUCCUCAGACUUCACCACAGAGGAGACUAGGACAAAGUAUUUUUGCUGUAACUUGAAAAAAUGAGUUUGAAAUAUUUUCAUUGUUAAUACUUGAUAUACUGCUUUAUUGUUCACUUAUGUACUGUUUUUGUAAUCUUCACCUCAGUGUAUUACUCAGCUACUUGCACCAUUUUUGUAUCACUACGAGACUAGAUUUUAAUGGUAUUUGUCUUUAGUGAAUUUUUAUGUGUCUAGACUCUGCCACUUUAGCCAUGUCUGACAUUCUUGUUAAACCAAACACUACUGGCCAGAGGAUUGAUUUAGCCCAGUAAUAGGCUGGAUGGUAACUUGCUCUAGCUCUGGAAAACUAGUCCUCCAUGUGUAACCUGUUGGCAGGCUUUUGAUAAUUUGGUGUAUUGCAGUGUUGACGGGUACAACCAAGACUUGGCAUCACACAUCAUAGCUUUUAUUGCCUAUGUGUUUGUAUUUAGUUGAGGAAAAGUGAAAAUAAAAUGUGAUUUGCCUCA